CCGGUUUAGUAGAGUAGUGCAGGAUAGUAAGUAUGCCUCGAAGAAGAAAGAAAUAGCUGAGGCAAGGCAUCAUCCCAAGAGCGCUCCAGCUUGAGAAAUCUAUAAUCACCCAAUCAAAAUUAUUAACGUUUAUCAAAAAAAAAUUAAAGUGUUCUAAUCGCUCGGAUUGGCAAUUAUCGUCUUCUUCUACAAAAUUUCGUUCCAGCAAAGCAAACCCCUAAAAAUGUCGUCCGAAGCCAAAUUAUCCGCCGCCACAAACGGCGCAAAACCACCGUGUAGCAGAAAGAAGAAGAAGCCGUCUCCGGCGUCAGAACGGACCUCGCUCUCGUCACUUCCAUACGAGUUGCUACUGAAUUGCAUAGCCCGCAUUUCCAUAUUGUACUAUCCAACUCUCUCCCUCGUCUCCAAGAGUUUUCGAUCCAUCCUUUCUUCGCCGGAGCUUUACCGGACCAGAUCACGCUUAAACCGAACCGAGAGCUGUCUCUAUCUUACCUUACACUACCCUCUUGACCCUGACACAUACUUGCUCACUCUUUGCCGGAAACCUGACCGAACCGUAACCAACGAGUCAAGUGGCUAUCAAUUCAUCCCAAUCCCAUCUCCUAGUUUUCAUCCUGCGCCACCGUCGAGUAUCGUAGCCGUUGGUUCUAGUAUCUACAUAACCGGCGGGUAUUUGCCCUCUUCUUCUAGGGUCUCGGUUCUUGAUUGUCGGUUUAACACGUGGCACCAGGCUCCAAGCAUGCGAGUGAAGCGGAGCAAUUCCACGGCGAGCUUAGUUGAUGGGAAGAUAUAUGUAGCAGGAGGCUGCGAAGACGAAAGUUCCUCCAACUGGGUCGAGGUGUUUGAUCCAAAGACACAAACUUGGGAAAAUGUGAGGACCCCUGAAAUGGAUACACGCAAACGCAAUAAUGUUGAACUCAAAAGCUUUGGAUUUGGUGGAAAAUUCUACCUAAUGGGGGAUAGUUAUGUGGUUUACAAUCCCGAGGAAGCUACAUGGAAGCCGAUUGUGGAUAUGAGUUUUGCGGGAUUCAUUUCCUAUGGUGUGAUAGACGAAGUCUUGUUCUUUUUGAAACAUGGAGUGUUCAGGUGGUAUGAUUAUAAGGCUAGUUUGUGGAAGAAACUGAACGGUGUUGAAGGAGUAUUGCCUGAUUUUUACCUCUGUAGGUAUUGUAAAAUGGUGGAUCUUGGUGGAAACAUGGUUGUUCUGUGGGAUGUUUAUGUGGAUUUCGAUGGCUAUCGUGGAACUGUGAUUUGGUGUGCUGAGAUUGCCCUUGAAAGGUGUGAUGAUGGGGAUGAGAUUUGGGGGAAGGUUGAGUGGUUCGAUGUUGUGCUUAGAGUCAACGGGUCAUGGACACGUAGCUUGUUCGAUGCAGAUGUUCAUUCUGCUUCUGUUUGAUGGAAAUGACAAUUUUUGACAUUCACCAGAAUGAAUGUGUUUAACUAUGACUGUUAGUAUGCGUGUGUCUGUUGUAGCAUCCUUUGGGCUUUCUCAUUGAUAUAAUGCGUGAUCAAGUAGCUCACAAAGCUAUGCUAUGGGGGUUUUCAUUGUUUAAGGCAAAGCUAUGCUCAUGUCUUAAACCUUUUGUUGCUAAAUGCAGAUGAAACUUUUGUUCAUGUAUUUGAGGAUCCUCUGUUUGUGUGUUGAACGCAUACAUUUGGAGAUUUUUAUUGUCAUUUGACCAUGACCAAGGCUGUGUUUUAUGAUAUAGAGACAUUAUAGACAUUAAGUAUGCCCACUGUUUAGUUUUUUUUGUUUAGAGCUAAGCUGACUAAAAAAAAUAAAAAAAUAUCUGGACCUCUUACGUAAUUUUGUUUGCCAAAUCCAACAA